AUGCCACGUUCCUUUUUGGUGAAGCAGCCAAAGGUUCACGAUUUCUCGUCUUCCAACUACUACCAGCAGCAGCAUUGGGACGACUCUUACACUGUGACACAUGCCAUCACAGAGUCGGCCACCAACUUGGCGGUGCGUUUGAGUGAAAACGGCUACAUCCAUGAUUACAUCAUCCCCUCAGUGUUGCAGAGCACAAAGGAGCCUGGUCAUGAGCAGACCGGGCUCUCCUCAGUGCCCCUGUACUCCCCAGGUGGCAGUGGCGGGGAAGAGUUCUCUGACCACGACAUGGAGCAUCCGGACAGCCCUGUCUCCAGUGGCACGGUGGAAUCAGACAGCAGUGGUCCUGAGCUGGAGUCGUGCAGCAUCAGUGCCUUCCUUAUCUCUGACGGCCGCUCCUGCCGCAGGCCCAACCAGAGGUGUCCCCGCAAGGGAGGCAGCCAAUCGGACAGCAGCGAGGGCAGCAGCUCGGCAGACUGCAGCCCCACCAAGGGGAAAUCCAAAGGCCGCCACAUGUGUGGCGAGUGUGGGAAGUCUUACGCCACGUCCUCCAAUUUGAGCAGACACAAGCAGACUCACCGCAGCCUGGACAGCCAGCAGGCGAGGAAGUGUCCCACCUGCCACAAAGUGUAUGUGUCCAUGCCGGCACUGGCCAUGCACAUGCUGACCCACGACCUGAAGCACGAGUGCACGGUGUGCGGCAAGGCCUUCAGUCGACCCUGGCUCCUGCAGGGCCACAUGAGGUCCCACACCGGGGAGAAACCCUUCGCCUGCGCUCACUGUGGCAAAGCCUUCGCCGACCGCUCCAACCUGCGCGCCCACAUGCAGACUCACUCGGCCUUCAAGCACUACUCGUGCAAACGCUGCCACAAAAGCUUCGCACUCAAGUCCUACCUGAACAAGCACUACGAGUCUGCCUGCUUCAAAGGGCACCAACCAGAGGACGACUGCAGCUCUGAGGACUGA